UUGAUGAAAUCGCUCGACUGUUUGUUACGAUUGCGAUUUGUUGUCAUAUUAGAUAAUUUUUGUUAAAAUUAUUAUAAUUAACCUAGCUCAAUAAGGUAAUUGAUUCGGUAUCGGAAAGCAGUGAUCGGCAUGCCGAAAGCUGAGCGGAUGCAGCCCGAAGAAACCUCCCUUGCCGAACGUGGUUUGUGAAGACCAAAGUGAAGAAGGAAAAAAACGGAACCUGUACGUGUGUCUCUGCGGUGUGAGCCCCGUGCUCUGAAGUGUAUGGCAAUGUUUAGGCAGUGCUGCUGACGAAUACUGUUUCAUCUAACCCGAAAAACUCGAGCCACACCGCAACCGAUGGCAAAUUUCAGCAAAAUUCGUCCCAGAAGCUAGAGGCGCGUGAUUGUUGGUUUUGUUUGAUAAACGUGCAGAAAUUGGGGGUAGCCAGUGAGUAGCGAAGAUAACGAAAAAUUGGGGCGAUCCCCUCGAGUCACAAAAGAAUAGUUUGCGAAAUGCACGAUUGCAAUUGGAAAACGAGCUCGAAAUGAUGUGGUCAAAAAGAAAGUUUACGGAAACCUAGCAUUACAUGGAUUACAAAACAGUGCUUGAUGCGGUGAAAGGAAUGCCUCCAAUUCAUCAAGUACAAAAGGCAGAGUCAAUAUAGUGCUGGAGGCGAAAGUGUUCGAAGAAAAAAGUAAAGAAGUGCUGGAAGAAGCCGUUAGGAAGCUGUUGGUCGCUGUCCGAAAUCAGAGAAAAACAAAAAAAUAGAAACAUACUAAUGCGGUUUGGAUAUAAAAAGGUUGCUGACGGUUGUGAUGGGCGAAACAAGCACAUAAAUUCUACCUAGAUAUCGCUGCCAGCUCGGAAUACAAAGCAAGCUGCCACCGGAAACGCAUCAACCGGAACAAACAAGUGUCGAGUAGAAGGCAGAGGAGUAUAAUUGCAUUUGAUGAGUUUUAAUGAAUUCGAACGAAGCGAGUGGUUGAGUUGCAAGCGAAGUCGACACGAUUAGACCGACAGGAGCACACCUACUGUCACGGACAACGGACAAGGAGUAAAAGCAUUUAAAUUUCUUCGGAUAGGAAAAGUUUUUGUUCUCUUGCACAACAGAUUUCUAUGUCCGUCUCUGCGUUGCAAACAGAUGAGAAAAGAAGAAUAAUUGUCCCGGAGGGGUUGGUGAGAAUAAUUUAGCGCCCCUGUUUAGGAGUGAAAGUCCUUUGCCAAAGUAGAACCAAGAUAAGAAGAAAGGGAAAACAUAAUUACAUGGGAACAUUAAGUGAAAUAAACUGCAUUUGUGCGUUAAAUUGCGCCCAGGAAUUAAGUUCAGUGUUCGGUAGAUUGAAAUUUAAUGGAAACUAAGCCGAUAUUUGCUGCGGGAAGUGCCACCCAGCCGCUACCGAAAGCGUAUGAGCAAACUAAAUAGUUUUGACCCUUUGGCCUUUCAUACCAUCUGUAAAUUUGUCCUGCAUCCUAUUUCUAUUCGAUAAUACUAGUAAAUAGUCAUAAUAUUAAUACAAAUAAUAAUAAUAAUAAUAGCACCGUAACGCGUCUGCAACUCGAUUCGCAGAUUUUUAGCGUGUUAGUGUAGUUAAAGAAUCUGGUCUAAUUCAUAUAAAUGGCUUUGCAUCUCGACGUAUAACAUGUGUGUUGAUAAGGUAGUGCAUAGUAAGUAUAAGCCUCACUCAAUCACAGUGCACUCGUAAAAUACUGAGGGAAAUUAUUAGUGCUGCUGCUUUCGCGGUGAAUAUCCUAACGGAAGUGAUACGGACCUAGCGUGGGCUCAAGCUACGACAAACUCGGUGAACCAAACCGGUGCGACCGUUGUCAGUACAACAUCAAUUGUUAGGAGGAUUUUAACUACGGUGCCAAAUAUAGGUGCCAAAGGUGCCGCCUUCUUACAGGAGGGGGCUCCGCAGAGGCGCUAGGCUGCCAGCUGCAGGCGAUGCACCGAUUUGCAGAUCGACCGGGUGGACCUGGCCUAAGAUGGGGAGCGUGCUACUCACGGCUGUGUUCAUAGCGUUACAUUUUGCUACCGGCCUGGCCAACCCAGAUUCUAAGCGUUUAUAUGACGACCUCCUGAGCAACUAUAACCGAUUGAUACGGCCCGUGGGCAACAACUCCGAUAGAUUAACAGUAAAAAUGGGUCUGCGGCUAUCACAACUAAUUGACGUGAACCUUAAAAACCAAAUCAUGACUACUAACGUGUGGGUAGAACAGGAAUGGAAUGAUUAUAAGCUCAAAUGGAACCCAGAUGACUACGGUGGAGUGGACCAGCUCCAUGUGCCAUCGGAGCACAUUUGGCUGCCAGACAUUGUGUUAUAUAAUAAUGCGGACGGUAACUAUGAGGUGACAAUAAUGACAAAAGCAAUUUUACAUCAUACGGGUAAAGUAGUAUGGAAACCACCUGCCAUUUAUAAAUCAUUUUGUGAGAUCGAUGUUGAGUACUUUCCAUUUGACGAGCAAACAUGUUUCAUGAAAUUCGGCUCGUGGACGUAUGAUGGAUACUUGGUGGAUUUGCGCCAUCUCCAGCAGACGCCAGAUUCGGAUAGCAUCGAAGUGGGAAUAGAUUUGCAAGAUUACUAUAUAUCAGUUGAAUGGGACAUUAUGAAGGUGCCUGCCGUUAGAAAUGAAAAAUUUUAUAGUUGUUGUGAAGAACCAUAUCUGGAUAUUAUAUUUAAUAUAACGUUAAGGAGAAAGACACUUUUCUACACCGUAAACUUGAUCAUACCUUGCGUUGGGAUAUCGUUUCUCUCCGUACUAGUUUUUUAUUUGCCCAGUGACUCCGGCGAAAAGAUAUCAUUAUGUAUAAGUAUAUUACUGUCACUCACUGUGUUUUUUCUACUGCUGGCUGAGAUCAUUCCACCAACGUCACUAACGGUUCCGCUGCUAGGCAAAUAUUUAUUAUUCACGAUGAUGCUAGUCACAUUGUCCGUAGUUGUUACCAUUGCCGUACUGAACGUUAACUUUAGGUCACCCGUUACGCACAAAAUGGCACCAUGGGUGCAUCGAAUUUUUAUAGAACUAUUGCCUAGGGUGUUAUGUAUAGAGAGGCCGAAGAAGGACGACGAACCAUCCGAAAACGAGGAGCAGCCGCCCGAGGUUCUGACGGACGUGUUUCAGGUGCCUCCGGAUGUGGAGAAGUACGUUGGCUACUGUGGGAAAGAUUUCAGCACGGAUUUUGACAUUCCUGCACUGCCACCGUCACGUUUCGACGUUGCCGCGUCGGGUGGCGUUGGUCCAUGUUUUGGCGAGCCACCGCUACCAGCACUGCCAUUGCCAGGUGGAGACGACGAUCUCUUCUGUCCAACCGGCAACGGGGAUAUGAGUCCGAACUGUUGCGGGGACUUAAGCCCGACCUUCGAGAAGCCCAUGCUGCGGGAAAUGGAGAAGACGAUAGAGGCCUCGAGAUUCGUUGCUCAACACGUUAGGAAUAAGGAUAAAUUUGAGAGUAUAGAAGAAGACUGGAAAUACGUAGCACUUGUCCUAGAUCGCUUGUUUCUGUGGAUAUUCACGAUAGCUUGCGUAAUGGGUACGGCCCUGAUCAUCCUACAGGCACCCAGUUUAUACGAUACCACCCAGCCGAUCGAUGCGAUGUACUCUAAGAUUGCCAAGAAGAAGAUGGAACUGCUCAAAAUGGGCAGCGAGAAUGUAUAGCAUCCGCCCGGGUUCGCGUCCGCUGUUUGGAAGUACAUUCUGAACUGGAUGCGAACCCUGGUCAACGAGGAUGACCAUUAAGAAUCCGACAACAGCAACAUUAAAAUAAAUAUAAACGAAGCAACAAAAAAUAUACAACGCCCCUAAAUUAAAAACUCUCACAUUCUCGGAAUGCCAAGGGAAACAAAGCGAGUGACAGAGAGAGAGAGAAGGGGGGAAGAGAGAGAGAGAGAGACAAACGACAGACAACCCAACAAAACCAAAGUUACCCCACUCACAUCGUCAGUAGAAGUGGCGCUGUUGGUUUCCACUGUUGAAUUUUGGAAGCCGCCCUGCUGCGGUAUACAAUCACGUACACCGUUUGCCGCACUGCCAUCAUCAUUGCCGCGGCGCGUUAGAAGUUGUUCGAGGAAUAGCGAGAGAGGGUGUUUCGGGGCGGAGGCGGCAUUUGUCUGUGCACCCAGAAACGGUCCGCUUAUGCAUGAAAAGUGAUUUUUUCUGUAUCCAUCCAGCCAGAUGUUAACCAGGGCCCGUAACACGCACACACACACACCCUCGCCUGGUCUGCACCGUCACCCUCAGCAACAGAUGGCGCUGCUGCAAGAAGAUCCCAAAGAACGUCCGUCAAUCACGUGAGUCAACAGCGUUAUAUACUGCUACUGAUUGUCCGUUUUGUGUUUUCUGUUUGGUUUCGAUUUCUCGAGAGAAAAGAAUGUCAAUAACAAUCAAAUUAAUGUUAAUAUCACGCGUCAAACUGUAGUUUUUAAUAAACAGGAGAAGAAACAAAAAAACUUUUUUACAAGACGAAACGAUAGACGACGGUGAUUUCAUAAGUAGAGCAAAUUGCUUUUGGUUUUAACUCUUUCGGUAUUCAGUGGCCAUUUUUCCGUUUCAAUAGAGCAAUACCCGUUUUGGCUGAAACUAAAUUGACAUUGGUGUAAAUAGUGCGGUAAAAAAAAAUCGAUUCAGCUUAUUUUUUCUUGAUUUUCAAACUGUAAAACAAUAAGCAAAUGGCAGAAGAUACGAGUGCAAUGUGAUUGAUGAAAAUCUGAACUUAAAACGUAGCAUAAUUUGUUGAUGUAGUAACCGAUGAGCAACUUGGUGUAAAUAGUUGAAAUUUUGUUGAAAAUCUAUUCUAGCGGAAUUGGGUAUGCCAAUACUAAAAGCAGCAAAAGAACAAUGGAAUCUAAUUCGCAAGAUAGUUGGUAUUUUUUAUAUUGACACUGAUGAUGGUGGGCGGAAGAAUUGAUAUGAUAGUUAUUUUUAAGUGACGAAGAUGUGUAACCAAAGAAGUGAAACGUCAUUUAGUUAGACAUUGAAUUUGCGUAAAUUUUUUAUACACUCAGACAGGGCGAAAAGAAAUUAGACUUGGUUUAUUCACAACGCGACGUAAAAUGACAGCACUUUUUCCAGGACGAUAUGUUGUGUUCAUCACUCCAUUGCAAAGCAACUGCUUCUCAGUAAUUUUCCGAUGAGAGCAGAUUUGCGAUUAUUAACAGCUCUACUACCUGGCUGGCAAACUAAAUCGAAUCGGCAAUAUUGCAGUGUAUGUUUUGACGAGGAAUGUAAAAAUGAAAAUCCUUCCACCACUGCGCCCGAGAGUGGCACCGAAGAAAAAUCGGUUCUCUACCGAAAGCGAACGAAAGUGAGGGCAAAGGCGCAACGAACGGAGAAGUAGAAUUGAACUGGAGCAGAUUAAAGAGUAAAAGAACAAUCAGCUUGCACCGGUCUGAUAAUAAAGUGUCUUAUCUACAGGAAAUUCUACCAAAAUUCCCAAUAAUUGAAUGCUAAAAUUACUGCAGACAAAAAACAUGAAAACCCAGUGAGAACAGUCGGAAAUGGUUACCUAUUGUUGCAUCUUUGAAAUUGGUGUCUCGGCAGCAAUCAAACAUAUUGCCCAAAUUUCAUAGAUUGAUCGGAAAUUUCCUAUAAUCACUAGAUAAAACAUGACAAGAAGUAACUGAAUAAAGCGUGUAUGUAUUUUAUAUAACACAUUAUUACUGGAGUAAAGCAACAUUUUCGUAAACUAUAGGUGUACAUGUAGUUAGAUUUUAUAUCAUUGAAUGAAUUGAAGUUAUACUAAGAGCAACGUGGUAACAAGCAAGUAUCAAAAUAGCGCAAACAACAUGCAGAGAAUUGUAGUUAAUAUAAUUAACAAUGAAUUUAUUCGUUUGAACAAACGGAAAUACUGCGUCAUGAAUCUACUCCCACAUACAUUUACACAAAUUACAGCAAAAAAAAGUAUUAAAUCUCAAACGACCUUAUAGGACGGUUCAAAGAUUAAUUGAUUACACAUACACUCCCAGCUCGUAUAGAGAAAAUGUUUUCGUUUGUAGCUGCAAUGAACAUUUAACAAAAAAAAGCAACACUUACUUAACAACCAUUGUAUGUAUUCCACUUUCAACAGCCUCACAGCUGGAGGCGAUGGGUGGCGAUGCUUAAAGCAUAGAACCGCAACAGCAGAGGGAAAAACAACAGCAACAACAACAACAACAACAACAGAAACAAAUACAUUAACAUACAAAAUCAGAAACUUCUCAUAGUUAACAAGAAACGUUAGUCCAUAUAGGGAGAAAUGAUACUAGUACGUACUAUUUCAGGCAUGCCUGCGGCCGUUGCUAGCUAACUAGCUUGUUUUCCUUUCGGGGGAUGGGAUGCGAAAUCCUUAUGCCAAAUUCAUCACAGCGGACUUCUUCGGAGAUCGGUUUAUUGUUGCGUUUUAGGAUUUCAUUCUAUGUUUUUCAGUUUCGAGUUUUGGAAAUUGAAGUUUUGCUUUCAAUUUUUUCGUUCAUCCAAUUGUCACAGUCGAAUGAACUCCGGUCGCAAAUAACUAUUACAUCUAGUGAGUGAGUCUGUACUAUAUAAUAACAAGAAGAAGUAACUAAAAAAAAUAUACUGCCCAUUAAUAGGAGUUUUUAACAAUCUUGUUUAAAUUUGACAUUAGCUUCUGGUGCUGUGGACUUGUUAGAUAAUGUUUGGUGAGUAGGUUUCUAAUAUCAUUUUUUUCGGAUUGUAAUUCGUUUUUUAAUACUAAGAAUAAAAAAAAUUGAUAAUUAAGUUGAGUGUAUAAGUUUAGCGGUGUUUUGCGCAAUAAAUUAUGAACAGGUUUCAUGGUGGCAAUUUUGGCCACAGGUUUCUUUUUAACAGGUUUUAAUAUGAUAACCAUCAAAUAACAACCGAUUACCGUUUUUAGAUAUGGUUCCUAUCAGAACCAAUGAAGAAAGCUAUCGCUUCCGACAGAAUUCUGUAUUUUCUCCAAGUGCACAGUGCAACCGGUUUUAUUAGGAGAGUGUUUCGAUUUAUCGACGAUUGAAUCCUUCGCGGAAAAUAAGCAGCUAGUACGUUGUUGGUAAGCAAGCAACAACUUCAUAAGUAAAACAUCAGUCUGAGUUUCAAAUGCGUCAAAACCAACAGAUUACUUUUCUCGUAACUCAAACUCUAUUCUUAGUAUUUUUCAAAACAAAACGAAAUGUACUUAAUCCCGUGUGUAGACCGUGAUAGCUCGUAUAUUGGUAUGACUACUCAGCCGAUUUGCCGCUCACUGCUCUCUCAUGAAACGCUGCGAAUAUUUCAAAGAUUCUAGCAUGGAGAGAAAAGUGAAGGAAGAAUAUAAAAAGACGGCCCUGAUGAAGCAGUCAGCUCUGGGCCGCGGUGUCCCUUGCUGUUCAAAGAAGUCGUCUCCAUUCAAUUCGGUCAAUUGCUACAGCUCGCCAACCAUGUCAUCUACAGAGGCCCCGUAAACCAUCGUCUAUUUGAUCGAACCACCUUCCUCGCUACGCACCUUGGCGUCUCGUUCCAGUCGGGUCAUUUACGAGACCCAUUUUCACCGGGCUUUCGACAUCCUUAGGACAUGGCCAGCCCACCGUAAUCUCCAGAUUUUCGCCAUUUGAACGGUGAGUGGUUCUCCCAGGAUCUGAUGCAACUCGUGGCUCAUUCGUCUCCGUCAUGAUCCAUCUUCCAUCUGCCCUCUACAGCAGAUGGUACGCAGCAUCUUCCGUUUGGAAGCCUCGAGGUCGUGUUGGUCCUCCACGUGUAUGGUCCAAGUUUCAUGACUAACUGCUCAGUCAUAGUUUUGUAGAUGGCCAAUCCUGUCAUAAGGCAUUGGCGAAUUUCUCUGCUAGUGUCGUUGUCAGCAGUCACCAGUAAGCCCAGCUUCACGAACUUGUCUAAAGCCUGAUCGAUUUAAUAUUUGGUUGCACAAAAUGGGACAUAUCUUUGUCAAAAAACACCUAGAAGAAAUCUUGAGAUGUCAUUCUGCAGCACAUUUAUUGACCUUUAGAGGAAUAAUACAGAAAAAAAUAUUCGUCUUAGUUUCGGAUGAAUUCGCGCUCUUAAACCGCCCAUCAUCUUCUGCACAGUGGAACUGUCAACUCGAUCCGCCAUUUUCUUCCACCAUAUACGUAAACCAGCUGUUUUUUUAUCAUUCUGCCAAUUUUUUUUAAGUUUCUCUUGAUUAUCGUCCAAUAUUUUUCAAUUACAGGAAAAUCUGGGCCCUGGUGGAUUAUUAGCUUUUUCGAUGUUAACAAUUCCAUUCUCCUUCUACCAAUCCAUGACUACCCGGCUGUAGUGGAAGCUGGCCAAGAACUUCACCGGACCGUGAUGUGAUUGGAUGAACGGCAAAAUCCGCUUCUGGAGGCACUGUUCACCUUGUUGAUUCUUGUUGAUCUGGUGAUGAAAACCUUGUUUUUUGCCACAUCUGCGGAUUCCUGUCACACCAUCAGCUUUCGAGCGACCUUGUGAGAAAACACGAAUUUAAAGCGCUUGGCGACAUCACUCGUGCGGUUGGAUAUAUCCAAUUUUUGUCCUGGGAGCUGCGCGAGAUCCGUUUAUACAUAUAUAUUAUCCUCCAUUAAAAUGCAGCUGUAGAAUAUGGUUGAGGCUUCCUCAUACAGUAUCCUAGUCAUUUUGCAAGGAGUUUCUGCUUGAGGGUCCUGUUAGGGGUGCUUGCUGGCGUGGAACGACCGCAGGCUUUCACACCGACAGAUUCGACGACCAGUGCUGUACGGUACCGAGAACUUCUUAGCCAAAUCGCGCUGGGGGAUCCUAGGGUUCGGUCGAACUGCUCUGUAGACUUUCAAUCGUAGCUGCUUGUCAAUCGUUCCACUUCUACGGUUUUAUCAGCGCGAUCCAGCGUUAGAGUUUUAUUGAAUCGUUUCAGCACGCUGUUUACGGUAGAUUUGGGGAAUUGAAGGCACUUCGCAAUUUUUGCACCUGUCCACGUCGUACUUGAUGGAACUUACUAACUCUACUAACUCGAAUUUGAUGGAACUUUCACCACUAUGUAAACAAAUCAUCAUCAAUGACAGCGCAUUGGUUUCUCGUGACAGCUACUAAAGGCGCCACAGUGAGUAGAAAAACUGCGACCAAAUAUUAAGUGCAUCUAACUUUACGCCUUCGUGGUGGGACAUUGAUACUAUCUUUUCUGGUACCUCUUUCUAUCAUGUACUUGGUCAUCUAAGCGUUUAUGGCCAGUCCAUUUCGUCAGGCUUCAGCCUUCCAUCUGCUAUACGUCGCCGUCAUCUUUUCAUGGGUUCGUGCUACGAUUUCGCUGUCAUUGGUAAAGCCAAAGAGCUAAAAGGGGACCUCCCGAAUAUCGUGCUACUCGUGUCGAUAUCCGCCCUUCGUAAUACAUCUUCCAAAGCGAUAUUUGAAAACAAGUACGAUAGUCCUUAACCUUGCUGUAACCCUCUUCGAGAUUCGAAAGGGAAACUCGAACUACGCACAUCACCCGAUUCAUCGUCGACUUGUGUUUCUGUAGGAUCAGCCGUACCGUGAAUAGUUGGUCCGUGGUGGUGCCAUAAAUCCCUCACGUAUUGCCCUCGCUAACGGUGAUAGACGACCGCAUAGAAUUUGAGCGAAGGCGUUUCAGCAGUGUGACUACCGUGCAGUUGUAGCAAUCCAACUUGUUGCUCUUUUUGCAGGUGGGGCAAACGGUACCCUCUAUCCACUUCUUCAGUACUACCUUCUCCUCUAAAGUCUUGGCAAUAACCCAUUGUAGCGCUUUAACCGAAGUUUCGCCACCGUGCUUUAACAGCUCGAUGGGCGGUUGGUAAGCUACAGCUGCUUUGCUGCUUUUCAGCUGGUUGAUCCCUUCUUCAACUUCCUGGAGGACAGGGGCUGUAAUUCUGUGGUCAUUUGCGCGUACACCUCUGCUACAUUGCCGUUAAGAUGUUCGUCGUAGUACUGCUUCCACGUUUCAAUUACAUCACACUUGUUCGUGAGAAGGUUGCCGUCCAGGUCCCUGCACAUGUCGACUUGCGCGAACUGUUUAGUUUCUCGUAAAACUUUCGUGUGUCAUUUGCAUGGUACAGUUCCUCCAUCGCCUCGCGAUCUCGAUCUUCCUGCUGGCGCUUCUUCUUCCGUUAGACCGAGUUUUGGCUGUUCCGUGUGCGUCGGUGGCGCUCCACAUUCGCCCUCGUUCGGUGUUACAGCAUUCUCGCUCAUGCGAGAGAAGAAUGCACUCUUCUUACACUAACUGUUUACACUUUGGGGAGCUCCGUAGCCGCAAGGUUACAGAGUCCACCUUGGUAAGAGGAUGGUCGUGGGUUCAAAUCUUAGCAGAAUCAGGCCAUUUGGUGGUUGCCAAAGGACUUUAGCAUGGGUUUAUUCUCAGGCUUCCCACCAAGUACCUUUCCUUCAAUCUGAAUUCUACAGUACCUCUGUUGACUCUCUUUCUCACAAAAAUAUAAGUCCCUGUUAUAAUAAAACUGGUGUGAGUAACGUAUAAAAGUUCUCUCUAGGGAAUUGUAAUUAGGCGAUAUUGUGAGGAACAGAGGCUCGGUAUAGUAGAGUAGUAAGCUUGAAACGGAAAGGUAAAACAUACACACAAGCACGGAUAUGAAUGAUAAGCGUAUCACUUACUUCAAUAGUGAUAGUGAAUAUGAAGUGCGGAGUACAGAAAACACUUGGGCAAUAUCACAAUAGAUCUAAUCUCUGGUCGCAGUGAUGAGCCCACACAGAAAAAAAACUGUUUACACUGUCAAAAACUGUCGUUAAACCAGUCGUUUCUCUUUUCGUAGAGGUCCCGAAGAACCAGACUCACAACUUUCUCUAACCUCGGUCUUAUAGUACGCAGCAUUGAUUUUCAUGUUUUCUUCGAUAAACUCCAGGAAGAGCUUCUCACACUUGAAUAUAGGCCCCAAACCAUCUGCGGCGCGGUGAUCUGGAACUGUGGGAUGACGGCGCUCUCGCCUGUUGCAAGACAAAGAGUUUCUCAUCAGAAUAGACAGACUCUUGACCUGCGUACCGCGAAAGGAUCAGUUUGGCUCUGUCCAGCCUCUUUUUCGCUGUAGCUUCAAUUACUCCGUGAACCUUGUGUUUGUUGUACGGCUUUUAUCCCAGGUCCUUCGUCUUCGGGAUCGAGUGAUUAAUUUCUGGACGAAUCCGCUCCCUCGCCACCUUGAUGGCUGCUUGCGGACCUCGCACGGUUCACCCCGUGGGAUGCAGGAAUACACUACCCGUCUUAAGUUUGGAAUCGCUCUACUGAGUAUUGCAACACCCAGAUUGAAUAUUGCAACAACUCCCGCAAAGUUUAGCAUCACCUGGAAUAGGCGGAUAUCUCGUGUUUUUGACAACCUUGAAAGUUGCGGUUUUCAGCAAACUUGUUCAGAAGAUCAAAGGCUACUGUAUGGUAGUCAAUUCAGUGUGAAAUUUCACCGCUAUGUGGCGCUAGUGGGCACUCAAUGUGUCGUAUUUUGAACUUAACUAAUCUCACGAUUCCGAUCUGCUAGAAAGUUGCGGUGUUCAGCAAACUUGUUCAGGAGGCUAAAGGCUUGUACAUGGUAGACAAUUUAAUACUAAAUUACCCUGCUAUGCGGCGCCUGGGUGCAUGCAGUUUUUUGUAUUUAGACUUCAACGAUAAGCGUGAUCAUUACUACCCACAAAGUUGCGGUGUUCGGCUUGUGCCACCAGUUCUGGUCAAGCAUGUCGAAAUACAGUAUAAUGCCGCAUGUGUGUUGCAAACUAUUCCAUCGAUUCUAUUUUUAUUACAAUUCAGUGUAAUACGGAAUGCCCUCUGUGGUGUUCAAAUCCUUCAACAUCGGAUUAGAGGCAUGUCUACUGCAACUGUUUGCAGCCGAGGUAAUCAAUUUAGUCGCGAUAUCGUCAAUUUUCCCCAUUGUGGAACGGGAUGUGAAUGUUAGUGAUCAAGCUGUCAACAUACCAACACAGUCGCAUGCUACAUGUUGUAACCUCCUCAAAUGAAAGCAUUUCUUUAUAAUAAACACGUACAAGCUUACGUAUUGUGUGAAGUGAUCAAACUGUCAACACUCAAUUGGGUAAACUUCGUCAUGUGUUAACAAUCUCAGUGCUUAUAAAAUCGCGUAAAUAAAAACACUAAAAGAUUUAUGCACACUAGCAGCACAUUGAAGAAAAGUUCCGAACUAAACUAUUGGCUAACCAGAAACUCUUGAUCUUCUGAGUAACGUUGCUGAAAAUCGUAACUCUCUAAAUAAUGGGAUUAUUGAGCUAAAUUGAAUUUGAAACGCUCAAAAGUAAUUGUACACUAGCGCGGCGUUGCGGCUGAAUUCCGCACUAUACUGUCCGGCAGUUACAAGCCUUUGACCUCCUGAGUAAUUUUGCUGAAAAUCGCAACUCUCUAAAUGACGGGAUUAUUGAGCUAAAUAACGUUCAAAACACUCGAAAAUUUAUGCACACUAGCGUGGUGUUGCGGCUGAAUUCCGCACUAUACUGGUUGUCAGUUACAAGCCCUUGACCUCCUGAGCAACUUUGCUGAAAACCACAACUAUCUAGGUUUCCAGAAUCGAAAGAUAAAGUCACAUAUAUCAGCCCAUUUUAAGUGAUGCUAAACUUUUCGUGGUGUUGCAAUAUUCAAUCUGGGUGUUGCAAUACUCAGUAAAGCGAUUCCAAACUUAUGACGGGUAGUGUAUGUCGCCGGGUCGCUUAUCUCCCGCAAACAACAAACGACACCGUGUGCGUCGGUUAGCCUAUAUAUGAGGCUGAAGCUGACACUUAUACCAAUACACAGAAUGCGCAUGGUACGUACUUACGCAACAAUGAAAAGUUGUAUUCGAACUUAUUGAACACCCUGUAUAUUGGAAUACAAGAAUGUUAACUUCUGACGACAGAAUCCAAGCAUUGCAGGUGUUCGAAAUGCGUUACAUCGCAUGUGACAGAUUCGUAAAACAUUAUAGAACGGACACGAACAAUCUACGUAUCGCCUUUUAAUGAUAAUCUUGGCUACUAGAGUCUCUAGCACACUUUAUCUAUCUUUGUCUUGCAACGUCGACCUAGACAUAGUAAAACGUGUUGAAAAGAAACCCGUGACCGAAAUCGCCAUCAUUGAAUCCGUUAGGUUUAUUUGUAUAUUCUCAUACUCCUGAGUGGUAAUAAGUUGCUCAAGAACGAACCCGGAGGUUUGUAUUGUUUAUUUUAAUGUUUAUGCUUUAUAUUUUGAUAUUAACACAGAACCACAAUUUGAUAAACGCGUCAAUUCGAGGAGAUAGAAAUGUUACACUAAAUGACUUUGACCGUGAUUUUAUUAGUGCAAGUUAAAAAACAAGGUUUCAAGGAUUGCUUCCAGUUAUUUAAUUUCCUGCUACUGUUUCGGUUACGAACAAAAAGCAUAUUUAUUUUUUAAAUGUAUACUUAAAUGAACAUUUUCUUUCAAUUUUAAUUUAGGCAUGAGUUUGUUCGUUUUAAUCUUGAAUUGAGUUUAUCUGUACUUUCAAGAGAAAAUCAGCAUUAAUCAUUGUGAAAAGAAUGGCUGAUAUCAAAAAAUUUCAUAACAUCACUUUUAUACAUUAAAAUCUAUUCUGUCUUGGUACACAGCACCUGUAGCAAUGGGCCCACAAGUACAUAACCAGUUUUGUAAACAAAACUUUUCAGUUCAACUACGCUAUACAGUCAGUAAAUAAUUAUACACCUCACUCCACUUGAAUUCGCCACUCGGUAUGAACUACUUUACAUCGUAUUAACUAUACAGGUAAAUUACAGUAAUAACCUUUUUGUAUAAAAAAGCUCACGAAAAUCGAAGAAAAAAUCGACUUUGUACAUAGAUAAGUAACAACAUCAACAACAACAACAACAACUAACCAGUCAUUUCACUUGCAACUAGGUUUAACAAGUCGUUUUUAAUUAUUUUCGUACGAAAAAUGAAAGAAAACAAAACAAAAAAAAACGUUUACAAAAACACUACUCUCAUGACGCGAGAAACAGAAAACCGAACGAACCGGCGAAUCAUGCAUCAUAAUAAAAAUCUAAAUAAAAAAUGAGGAUAACUCAACUGAAUCCAUAAUAAUAAACAAAAUUCCCAAAUGGGGAAUAAAUCUAUUCAACCGCAACAUUUAAAAUGUGCUCAAAGUUAACAUGUACAGAAGACGAAUGAAUUGGUUUGCCUGGAAAAAAAAAUAUUUGGAUUAAACCAGUCGGCGGCUCGCCGCAGACUGCAGGUCCAGGUUAGUUUGUUCGAAUAGACUAAAUGGUUACAUCUACUGCAAAACGUAAGAUUUCAAAUGUAACUUAAAUAGACAAUUGAUUGUUAAGCUCAUUGUCGUUGAGAAUUCGUGUCGCUAUUUCCGUUCGAGCUCAUAGGCAGUCUGUUAUCCUGCGACAUGUGUUUGUCUUUUAUUGCUUGGUAAAUGUGUUUGGAUAUAUGGUUUCUACCUGUUACAUUACGUUAUCUGAGCCGCAAUUUUCGAUAAGGUGCAAAGAAAUUAUACCGUUGAAUAAAUCAAUUGAUUCGUCCAUGUUAUUUAAAUACAGAGCAAAAAUAAACGUAAAAUUAAAACGAAAAAGUGUUUAAUAACGCGAUAUAGCUACAGCUUAGCUUAGACUACAAGUGAAUUGGUAACCCAUGACAUAGAUCUAUUAAUUAUCUUUAAUUCUAGCCAUUAGUUUCAUACAUGUAUAUUGUGCCACGGCUUUGUUAAAUAUCGGCUCUGUUCUCCAAUGACCAUCGCGGUUUGAAAACAUGAAUCUUACAUUCCGAAUGCGAUAUUAAACCAGUUUAGAUUCAAUAAAGCAGCUCUCAGUGUGUAAUUUUCCGCCACCGACAAGCUGCAGGUCCUCAAAGAUUCAUGACUCCGGUAAAUAAAAACUGAAAAGAGCCGAAACGACCCGUACAUAGCUCACGCUUGGCUUGCCUUUAGUUUGGCCUCUUUAUGGCUCUUGUGUUGAAACGAACAGAAAAUCGAUUAAAAGCAUAUUUUCAUACGCCGUUAUAAUAUGACACUGUCCGGCAUCACAUUGAACGGCGAACAGGAGCGGAAAAUGCAUAUAAAUUGUGUCACUACAUUGCAUUUAUAAUUAAAUGUAUGAGUAAGUACAGCAAAAACAACGAAUGUACAUUUUUGUAAACCAUGCGGUGUACUGUAUAUUAAAAUUGACACAAAAAUCCAUUUGGUUCACGUUAAUUAGUUUUAAUUUUUAAUAUGAACACAGUCCGGGCUGUUUUAGUUCCACUACAUAAAACAUAUUCCUUAGAUUUUACACACGCUCAGUAACGUAGAAAAUCAACAAAUCCUCAGCCGUUUCGCUCAAUCGGUGCAAUGAAUUUGUAAAUAUGAAUAAUCGCAUGAAAAUCAAUUCAAGACAAAAAAAAGUAACCAGUAAUACAUUUUUGAACAUUAUGGCAUGACCCUGAUUUCAAAUCGAGUGUCUUCCAAUCACAUGUGUAUUUGGCACUUACCCAAGAAACAAAACAAGAAGAAAGCAAACGAGGAUAAAUUCAAAACCACUUACUCCAUCAACAACAGACAGCAGAAACCGCUUCCCGUGUUUAGCCCAGCCGUAUCUGCGGUCCCUUCUGAUUUCCCCUAUGUGAUGCUGGUGGUAGCCAGCCGAAACAACUCCCAACUCACCUUGUUAACCCACAUAGAGAGAUAGAGAGAGAGAGCAGACUGAUGGGUGGCAGACUGAAAUAUGGUGUGCAGGAUAUUUCCGAUCAGCAGACGCACGGUACCUCUACGUACGUAAGCACACGCACACAGGUUUGUGAACCCCACCAUCGUACGGUGGAGUGGUUUCAUCCUUCGGAUGCGAAGUCGUUCAGGUAUGGAUUUUCUUUUUGCAUAAAAAAUCGAUUUUUAGCCUUAUUUUCGCCGAAAUUCGGUUCUUUGAUGUUUUAAUGGAAAUUUUAAAAGCUUUGUCUAAUUUAUCCAGCUGCAUUUCUCAGUUUUGCGGUCGGAUUUCAUCUCUUUUUGUUAUGGUUUAUUUUUGUAACUUAUUUAUAUAUUAGCAGUUCAUAAUGAGCUCAGUUAGUACCCAAUUUCGCGCGAGAUCCAAUAUUAGUUCUUGUUGUCAUGGUGGCUCAGAAGUUACUGAGAUAUGAUAGAUUGAGCUCGUUAACUGAUAUUCUUUGUUACUAUUGAAUCUAUAAUUUUGAACCGGAUUGUAAGAAGAUCAUUUUGCCAAUACAGGCCCAAUCUUUGCUUCACUCUUCAUUAACCAUUCUCUUAUGACAAGUAAGACCUGUGCUAAAUUUGGUGCAAACAGGUCUAGCUGUGAUGAUGGAUUCGUUCAAAUACGCUUCCAAUUUUAUAUUGAUAGAUUUUAUAAUACACCAGCUCAGCAACUUUUCCUAACGUAUUUUGAACCCUCUAGUAUCAAAUUAUUUUCAUUAUUAUGUGAAAACCUGGUGUCAUCCACGGAGGAAAACUUAUCCUUUUUGAGCAUCUGACUCGGAGUGGGCGGCUGCAUUAAGAAACGUGUUGUCUCAGACGCUAUAGCCCAUCACGAGACUUGGUAGCUUAGGAAGGCAACCUACCUGUACAAUUACACUAAUAACAAUCAAGACAAGUUUAACUCGGAACUUUAAACACAGAUCUAGGCAACGAAUAAAUAGACCACGAGUGAGAACUCGUCACUUGGAACUGCAGCUCGCUAAAUUUCUACCGUAGACGUUUCCGUUGACGUUUUCCGUUACCUCUUUUGGUAGUUUGUCCUCGAUUUCUCCUUACUUUUGAAACGAGGCUAUCUUCGGUGACGACGACUGACUUGUCAUUUCUUGGUUUCGGGACAUUGCAGCUUCCUAGCUCCUGGCAAUCGUGCAUGCUUUAUCGAACGUGAUAUUUAUGGAGAGCAGUUUUUUCGCGGAUUCUGGUUGUUAUGAUUGUAUGAUUGUAACAUAGCUUUGAGGUUAAUGGUGAAAUUUGUAUGAUUGUAUGAUUGUAACAUAGCUUUGAGGUGAGUUAAUGGUGAUGAUCGAUUGAAAGACAAGCUGUUUGCGCUUUCAAAAAUUGUAGACGUUUGUAGUUGGAGUCAGGUGUGUUUUCAACAGAGUGACCAGAUCCGCUUACAAUUUCAUCCGAGGGUUAUCAGGUGCACACAGCUUGACUAACACCGUGUAAAAACUAAGACCUGCAACGGUUAUCAACACCGGGACUCUCUUGUCCUCCUGUGUGUCGUUAACCAUUAGGGACAUUUCCAAGCGAUUCAGAUAUUCUUCUAUACUUUCUCUAAACAUGAAAGUUUCAAUUUGUCCGAACAUACCCGCUCAAACCACUACUGACGGUGUGCUCUAUUCAGUUUUUACUCCCAGCGUCCUCAUCGUGCUUGGAUGAGGUUAUGUUCACCGACCACGUGACAGUUUAACACACUCUUUUAAUUCAGUGCAACCAAAUUAAUGAUAUCUAUUCGCUAUAAAAUUAUGGAUGGAUAUCUUCAAACUAGAAGAAAGCUAGUAGCUUUCGAGCCAGCUAUAAACUAGGGACACUAGUUAUAAACUAGGAACACCCCAGUUAGCAGCAACUUUUCCGCCGUCAAGAUAUCAUCAAAGAAGAACAAUAGAGCCACAAGCACGAACAGACUACUGGCAGAGCUCUAAAACACGAUAAAGAGGCACAAGCCGAGGAAUUCCGGUGGGUAAUUUCCAGGAUUUGAGAGAAAGAGAGACUACCGGAGAAAUGCAGGAAAAGAGUUGUAUGCUACAUCUCUAAAAUUGGCGAUCGGCUACGAUGUCGUAACUACCUGGUAUAACGUUGAUCAAUGCCGCCUACGAGGUUCUCUCCCAGAUUCUGCUCCACCGUCUAUCUCCCUAAGUAGAGGGAUUGAUAAGGCAGUGUUAAGCCGGCUUUACGUAAUCACGCGCUGCUCCGGGUUAAAUUCAUAUGCUUCAGAAUUGUCGGGAAUCCAACGUGCCCACACAUCACGUCUUUAGUCGCUUUAAGGCAGCAUAUGAUGUAGUCCAUCGAGACCUACGGUUUCCCGCACAAACUGACAUGACUUACCAAAGCUACUUUGGACCGAGUGAUGUGCUACGUGUGCGUAUCGAGGACUCUCUCGAACCUCCUCAAAGGAGAUGGACCUCUACGCUGUUCAUCCUGUAUGCUAAACAACGUUGCUGUUGAGAGUGUAGUCCCAUAAACUAACAUCGAAACGAGAGGCACGAUUUUCAGCAAGGGUAAUCAACUUAUAGGCAUUUCAGAAAACUUUGCUACAGCGACGGCUCUAGACUAGAAGUGAAGGCUGAAUGAGUUGCAUUAUAAUAAAUGCAUAGAAAACCAAGUAUUUGAAAAGGAGAGGCUCAAGAAUGCAGCAUCGCGUGAUCAACUGGAGGACGAUCAACAAAAAGAUUGUUGAGGAUUUGAAAUCGUUCUAUGCCUAGUUAGAGGAAAUAUGUAACAGCUCCUCGCCACGGGACAUCUAGAUGUGAACGCCCAGAUUGGUAGGGAAGUGAUGUUUGGACUGGUAAUAGGGUCUCACAGCCUACACACUGACACAAAUGACAAUGCCAAACUUCGCAGCUUCCCAAAGCCUGGUAAUCACCGAACAACAAGCAAUCUGACCACUUUCUCAUUCAGGACCGAUUUUUCUUUCUAACAUCAUAGACAUACGCUUCCUUCAAGGUAAAGAUAUCGACUUAGACCAGUAUAUUGGCGUUAAAAACUAUCCACGAUGCUUCACACACGAUGAAGCUGUUGACCACGAUCCUAAGGAGAAAAAAGAGUCAGCAGAAGAACAAAGAUCGUGAAGAACUGGAGCAAAUGCAUCGGGGUAAUAACACGCGCACGUUUGUUGAGGGCUACAUGCCAAGUCCAGAUAUGGUUAAGGACGUUGAAGGAAACCUGACCAUAAGCGAGUGCGAGUUGGUCGACAGGUGAAAGCAGUUUUUCGGUAAACACCUUAAUAGCGGAGCAACAGAAAAAGUCAGAGAGGAUGUUAACCUCACAGAUAGCAGUGUACCAGUUUUCGAUAUCCAGGAGAACAAUAGAGCCACAAGCGAGGACAGACUACCAACAGAGAUCUUCAAACACGAUAAAGCAACGACACCUGACUUGGUAAUUUCCAGGAUGUAGGUGGAAGAGAGACUAGCGGAGAAAUACAUGGAAGGAUGCUCCAUCUUUAAAAAGAAUGAUCAGCUAGAAUGCAGCUACUACCGUGGCAUAACGUUGAUCAACGCCACCUAUAGAGUUCUCUCCUAGAUUCUGCUCAGCCGUCUGUCUCAUUUAGUAGAAGGAUUCGUGAAGCAGUGUUAAGCGGACUUCACGCAAUCACUCGCUACUACGACUCAAAUUGUCACUCUUAGCCAGAUUAUUCAAAAAUGUCAGAAGUACAACGUGCCGUACACAUCACGUCUUCGAUAACGUGCAAAUAAUGCACGUUUGUCCGUAUAAAUUGAAACGACUUAUCAAAGCCACCUUGGAUCGAGUAAUGUGCUACGUGUCCGUGUCGGAGGCGCUCAAACGCCCUCGAUGUGUGCUACAGGACGAAGACAAGGAGAUAGACUAUUCUGUACGCUGUUUAACAUUGCUCUUAUGACGUUUCGCAGACGACCUCAACAAUAUAACAAGAAACGUUGCGAAAACGGAGUCAAUCUAGGCAAGACUGAAAGUGGAGGCUAGGUGAAUUAGAAUAGAAAUCAAUGCGUCGAAAACUAAGUAUAUGAACGGGAGAAACCAACAUUCGCCUGCCACGAACGGUGAUUAUGGACGGCAAUGAACUCGAAGUGGUAGAUGAGUUCGUAUACCUGGGAUCCUUACUAACCGCCGACAAUAGCAAAAGUAAAGACCCAGUUACACACGGCGUAAUGACACCUUCUCCAUACAACAUAGAAGGCGUGAUGGCGAUCACGCCUUCAAUUUUGUAUAGAGAAGGCGUCAUUACACCGUGUGUGUAUCUGGGCCUUAAGGAGAUCCAACGACGCAUUCAAGCUGGAAAUCGGCCCUACUUUGCCAUUCGCAAGACGCUUCGAUCCAGGAGCAUACGCCCCGCAUGCAACUGGCCAUGUACAAAACUCUAAUUAAACUAGUACUUCUCUGUGGACUUGAAACGCUGUAGACCAGUACUUCUCUGUGGACUCGACGCUGCGCAUGAUGGACAUACGCGCACUGGUCGUAUUUGAACGAAAUAUGUUACGGACAAUAUUUGGUGGAGUACAAACCAAACGCGAAGAGUGGCGCAGGCGUAUGAACCACGAGCUGGAGGCACUAACUGGAGAGAUUUCUAUUGAGCAUCCGACUAUGAUUGGGUGACUACGAUGGGCCGGACAUGCCGCGAGAAUGCCGGACGACAGUGCAAUAAAAUCGGUUCUCUUCAAAUACUCUAUCGUGCAAGAUGGCUUGACCAGGUUGAAGUGGACUUGCGAGUGUCGAGACAUCUGGUGACGAAAAGCUCAGGACCGCGUAGAGAGGAGAAACAUUUUUGAUACAGCACGAGCCACCAUGACUGUAGGCUACUGAAUUCUCAUUUCUUAUAUCGAAAUGUGGUGGCUGAAAUAACGAUCGAUGAAAAAUGCCUCCGAUGGCUUUUAAGAGAUACUUGGAUGAAAGUCAAAAAAUCGUUGAAAACGCACUAAUACCCACUUAAGAUAUUUCUAAAAUAUCAAGUAGCCAAACAGCCAAUAGUCAUCAAUGGAAACAAUGAUGAUUAGUUUUGUAUGCAGAAUUUCGAUUUUUUUAAAUAAACCAUUCCCUGAACGAGUAUUUGGUACCAAGAAUACUCAAAAUCGUGUCAGAGAAUUCUCAUGAGAAAAUCCUCUUGGAUUCAGAUCACGCAUACAACGCGAUGUUUUGUAUCGUCUCUUGAAAAGAUGUGACAAAUUAAUUGUCAAAAAAGUACACCGUGAUCUUCAUAGCCUGUUAACUAUGCGAGCUACGGGCUGCCAAAAUUUUUUGAUAACUGUAGAAUGGAAAGAAUAUAAUAAGUAGAAAGUUUUUGGAGCUGACCUACCUGUCAUUUGUACUGUCCAUCGAUGAAAAUUGAUGAAAAAAUCGAAUAUAAUAGUUUUCUAGAACUUAUGGUUAUGUGUUUUCAAGGGUCAAAUCUCACACAGCCAGUUCGAAUUAAACAUUAGUUGGUAGUGCUUACGUAUUUGCAUUGCUAGUACUAGUCAUGAAACUGUAAUUUGGCUUAUUUGAGCAGACAUCGCUCGAUUCAAAGAUAGGACUUAAAUGUGGAUUUGAUUACUAAAGAAAACGAAUAAACUUUUCAAAUAGAGUAUUCAUGACCACGAAAAUGUGGAUAUACAAAAUUUUUCGUAACAAAUCCAUCAGUUCGAUGCGAUUUCAAAAUAAACAAAGGUAAUACAAAAUUCCGAAACAAAUUGCUCAAGAUGGAGAACAUGAAGAAACAAUAAUAUUCUCACUGUUCUUCGAUACAAUCAUAUAGCAGCAAAGUUACAAUUCAAGGGUGAAGGAUGGUUUCUACACAAAGCCUUCCUCUUCACGAAGGCCUAUGUAUAUACAUGUACACACGUAUGUGGUCGCACGGGUGUUGAGUUUCACCCUUCACAGGGUGAAAGUAAGGAGCUCCUCUUUACCUGAGUUAAACUUUAUCGUUCUGUUCCCGCUUUUUACGAAGUUCAUUCGGUGUUAAGUGCUUGGAAUUUGAUCCCAGAAUGGAAGGCGACUUUCGACUUUCAGCUGAUGCCGGCAAUUUAUAUCGACGUUGUGCUGAUUUAUGGGAGGCGUUCGUUUCAUUUAUCUUCCAGAAUGGAUCUGCCUUUGUUGUGAAUAUUUCGAAAUGAUUGCUACAUUGACUUUCGAACUGCUGCCACCGAUAUUUUCCACGUGAUAUUUCUCUUCUUAACGAUUUUCCCAAUCGUGCACUAGCAUUGGGACAGAUUUGUGCUCAGCCAAUGAAAAAUUGAACUGUUUUGUUGAUGCCAUCCACAAUGAGCCAUUCUCGAAACUUGACUACUUAAAACUCUUCAGAUUUCUUCAACAGCAGCGUACCGAUAUUCAUAAAAAUGAAUAUCGACUCGACACAAAGCAAUGAAAAGUUGGUGAUAUAUUAACAUAUGCAAUCAACGGAAAGCUCGUCACCCUUCACUUCAGAAUUGAAUACAUAUUGAAAUUCCGCCGUUUCGGAAAACUCAACAACAACAAUAUGUCGGUUUGCCGGUCGGGUGCCAAAUCUCGAGUUGAACCCCGGCACUGAUGCAGCAGGCGCGCACCACUUCUGGUAUUGUCGUCGUCCGGCAACGGAACGUCAAUUGCCAGAAAUAAACUCAAUCAUUCGAGUAUCAUGUUUGACGACCGAAAGUAGUUUCGGUGAAAUGCUGCAUGAUGUUGUUCUUUGGUGUUGUUUUUUUUUUCCUGGAACAAUUCACUAAUUUGUAUUGUUCGUAUUUCCCUUUGCAGUAUUAUUUUGGAGCAGGUUUGCUACAUACUUUUUAAGGUACACCCAGAUUUCAAUAAAAUUUCUGAAUUGGCUAUGAGUCGUUCCUAUUCUAGGUCGAAUUAUUAAUUCUUAGUUUUAUUACAUUGCGGGAAGCUGCGUACGAAGGGGGUGAGGUUUUACUGGCUAGUCUGGCACGCUUAAUUGUGGUUUACUCAUUACGGGAAGGGCGUAACCGCUUCGGACCACACAUUUUAAACGUACUUCACACGGCCACCACAGAACAUGUCAGGCUGAAAUUUAUGAAAGUGAUGUCAACCGCAGCCAUGUUGGUACAAAUAAAAGCAUGCUCGGAAGUACAUUUGAGGAAACAGGGUUUGCAUCUGAUGACAAGUGAAUGAUUUUUCCCUAACACUAUGAAUGGUAAUUGAAUCGAAUGGCGCUGCCGCAUAGAUUUUUUUUUAAAUGUUAAAAGAGAAAUCAAAUCAGAACGUUCUAGUUGCACAGUUUUCAUGUAUUCUCGUCUAUGCUCUCGAAGCAGAACAAAGUUUUUAGAAAUAGCUAUGACGUUGCUUUUUUCGCACGAUUGCAGCACUUACAUUUGCAGAAUGGUUUGUCUUUCUAAUUUCGUAAUUAGUUUUUCGUAAAAAUACUAUAUCUCGAGAUUGGCUCAUAUUACCACGGGAUGAUAAGUGUUUCUCACGUAAAAUUAUCCGAGAAACACGAUGAAACCUCCAAAUUUUAAACAAACUCAGCUACAUUUGCCGAAAAAUGCAAAUUUAGUUUUGAAAUAGAAUAAUAAUCUAUCUGGCAACACUUCCAGUCAAAAAUAGUAUUUUUUCUGGAUUCCUUGGUUAUUUCCUUCAAAAUUCACUCAUCAUUAUUUUUCGGGUGUCUUACGGCUAGAAACUAUAAAAUAAAUUAAUUACGAAAUUUUCUACUAUUUUCGUAAAAAUGUUAUAUCUCGAGAUUGGCUCAUAUUACCUCGGGAUGAUAGUUGUUUCUUACGUGAAAUUUACCAAGGAACACGAUGAAAUUAUCGAAUUUGAAAUAAAAAUGGCUGCAUUUGCCGAAAAAUGAAAAUUAAGUUUUCAAAUACAAAAAUAAUCUAUCUGGCAACACUUCUAGUCAAUAAUUUUUUUUUUUGGAUUCCUUGGUUUAUUUUCUUUAAAAAUCAUCUAUCAGUAUUCUGCGGACGUCCUACAUCUAUGAAUUGUAAGAAAAAGAAAAACGGACUUUUGAAAAAUUGCCUGACUUUGUCACAAAGAGGGGGGUCCCACAGAGCGGGGGGUAUUCCAUAGUAACCUAGUAUAUAGUAAUAGUAUUCAUAGUGAACCUAGAUGAAUAAUUCCCGCAGCUUUAAGCCAAAUCCGUGAUAGUCGUGUCCAAGUGGCAUGUACACUUCGUAUGGAAUGACCCAUAUACAUUCAGCACUACGAAUACAUUGUCUAAUUUUUGACAGGAAUCACUAAUCCAGACUGCGAUACAUAUAUUAGUAUUUGAAAGUUGGUUUUUUAACCAAGGCCACAAAAUCAUCCAUAUUCUAAACAAAUUAAUCCGUUAGCCAUUGCGGUUAAGCAAACUGAUUGAAACACUGAUUUCUCAAUAUUUCCACUGUGUCGAGCUGGAGAACUUUUGUUGCUAUCGGCGCAAGUUCUACGCACCUGGUUUUCGCAGAUGUUGUUCAGCAUUGUUAAUGUGCCCAUAGGGGACUAAUGGUCUUGCAACCGUCUAGUAUUUGGAGCACUUGGUACGGGGGCGAAGUUUACCAGACCUCAAGGUCCUAUGAAGUCCUAAGAAGGCACGCCUUUAGCUACAAUAUAUCUGCGGAGUUCUCUGCUGCAAUUGUUGUCUGACGUUAUCAAUGAUCUGAGGUACGUCAACCACCUCGAUGUCAUCUCCAUCGUUUCCUACACUACUGUCUAUGGGAGCCCUUCCACGCUCGAUUCCUUUCCUGGCAGAUACUUAGUUUUCGACGUAUUCACCUUUAAUUCAACCUUUUCUGUUUCACGUUUAAGCUUGGUGUACUAUUCUGCAACCGCCUGGAACGUUCUUUCUGUCUUUCUGUCUACAUCGUCAGUGAAGCCGAUGAACCGCCAGGAUUUAAUGGAGAUCGUGCCCUGCAUGUUGAAGCCCGCCCAUUUCAUAACACCUUCAAGCGAAAUGUUGAACAGCAAGUACGAGAGACAGUCGCCUUGUCGAAGUCUCUUGCGUGUGUCAAGCGCACCCGGAAUCUUCACACUGCACUGUACAGUGUCUGUCGUCGCCUUGAUGGGUCUUGUUAGUUUCGCAGCUCGAUACGGCCGAUAAACACGCAAGCGGCCUUGAAAUUGAUGAAUAGGUGUGCGUGGAGACUUGAUAUUCGCGACACUUUCGGAGAUUCUACCGAUGCGUGAAGAUUUGGUCCGUUAUCAAUCGCUCAUCCACAAAAUCAACUGGAUAUUUUCCCACAAACCUUCUUGCUAGCGGUGAGAGGCGGUGAAAGAUGCUCUGGAAAAGCAUUUUGUAGGCUGUGUUGAAAAUCGUGAUCCCUCGCUAGUUCUCACAUUCCAGCUUGUCGCCUUUUUGUAUAUUAGGCAUAUUAUUUUUAUCCUUUCACUCUUACGAUAACUGAUCCUACCUAUCAGCUGGUUCAGACAGCAAACCGAUGUACCAAAGAAGUCGUUCCUCCUACUGUUUUGAUCUUCUUCCUCUGCGUCAUUCAGGAGUUGAUUGUUGUAGUGCUGCUUCCACCUGUCGAUCAUCUCAUGUGCGUCCAUCAAGUUUCUUUCUUCCUUACUACGAGACAUCUUGGUUCACGGCACCAAGCUUGCACGAGAUGCAUCGAGUGUCUUGUAGAAUUUACGCGUCUCUUAAGAAUGAUACUGCUUCUCCAUCUCUCAACAUUCCAUCUCUCCAAGGCGGCGCUUUUUAUCCCGAAAAAAGGAUCUGUUUCUUCGUGGCUAUUUACAUCGCGUCACGUUUUGACACCUUCCCUACUGUGCUGUUAAUGGUUGCUUUGUCAUUAUUCCAACAGUCUCCCAGAGGGGUUUCGAAUCGCUCUACCUCAUCCGACAACGUUACCUCAGAGCUAUGCGCGUACUCAGUGACGACUUCGGAGAGUUUGAGUCGCUUCAGAUCAUACCGUAGCGAGCAAUGGUAGCGGAUGUUGUUGACAACUGAAAGUCUCAGGUGCGUUUUGAUCAUCAGAAGAAAGAGGUCUUAAUCGGUGUUGGUGCCUUGAUAGGCUCGAAAGUAGAUAAUAUCCGAGAAGUGCAUUUAGUCAAUCAAAAUGUGAUCGAUUUGCGAUUCAAUCUGUUUUGGUAAUACACCUGGAGUGUACCGAUAUGGAACGGUAUGCUGGAAGUAGGUACUACUAUGUUCUUGGAGGCGGCGAAGACAUCGAAUCGAAGGCCGUUUUCGUUCAUCAGCCAGUGUGUGCUUAGCUUCACAAUAUCCGGUUUAUAUUGUUCUUCCUUGUUGAGAUCUCCGAUAAUAAUUUUGACAUCGUGUUUUUGGUAGCAGUCUCCAGUUGCGCGUAGAAGGCGUCCUUAUCGUCAUCGUUACUUCCUAGGUGAGGGCUGUGAACAUUGAUGGUGCUAACGUUGAAGAAACGACAUCUUAUCCUCAACUUGCACAUGCUGUUGCUGAUUGGCAAAAACUCAAUCACGCACUUCUGUAUCUCGCUCUCUACAAUAAAAAUUGGGCUCAGCUCGUGUGUGUUGCCGCAGCUCUGGUAGAUAACGUGACCAUAUCUGUACAUAUGUACCGCUACUGUGAUGUCGAACUUGCAGACCUUCAAUACGUUGGAAAUAUUACGGUACUUCUCAAUAUAUUCGGGGUUUCUUCUUGCUCCGGUCCGUAUUUACAUUAUUUGCUUCCUGUACUGAUGGUUUUCACAGCUGGCCUUUACAGUACUGUUCAGAGUUCACACAAGCAUUGAUCAACCGCCCCUAACAUGGAGAACAGAUGCUUGUUUGAACUGCACAAGCAUUGUGAACAGACGCUCGAGUUGAUGAAAUAUUUAUUCUAGCUCCGAAAGACGGCUAACGUGCCAAUGAUAGCGCCAAACCUUCUUACUUAGCUAUUGCCGGAUUGCCGGCAUUGCCCAAGCUGAGCCAACCAGCUUUGUGUAUGUUUCAGCUGUGGCCAUGUGACUUAUUUAGGCGUGAGAAAGGAACUUGUGAGGACCAGUCGCUAACCAUUUGAAACCAUAGUUGCAUCUAAGGCUUGACGAAUUGUUUUCCGGGAAAUGUUAAAUUUCAAGGUCUUCUCGUUUUUUUUUUUGCUACAACUUCAAUAGAAUCGAAGCUGUUUCUACGAUUUCACUUUUAUCACGACUGUAAAGCUUUGCCUCACGGGUACUACUUCUUGUUUUUAUAUGCCUUUUGAGAUUUGCUAGGAAGUAAGUAUCACUUGAUGGUGGAAAAGGAUGAUGGAGAAUACUUUCUGUAGUCGAGAAGCUUCGUAGUCACUAGGUUACAGAGUCCGCUUCGACAUGCGGGUUGUCGGUGAUUCAGAUAUUAUUGAAUAUAGGUCAUCCGAUGUCAACGAACUAGCAUAGGUUUAUUCUCAGGCCCCACACUAACCCUUCCUGCUGGCGAAAUGGAUCAACUUUGGUCUCAGCUGUCAAACGACACAAACAAAUAAAAAACUUUUCCUUCCCGAUGAAUUCUAUAAAACCACGAGCAUUGUUGCUAAAACAGUGGGAAGCAGCUGUGCCCUAUUCGUUUCCAUGCGAGUGUGAGAAGUAUGCUUCCUAAUUCUUACUCUCCUGCCAAACGCAAUGAAGAACUCACAAACGGAAGAAAUGUUUCGCGAGUAGCUGCUGCUUGCGCCGCAUGCGAGUGGGCACUGCUAUGCACAUACUCAUGCUAGAUCUAGCUCCACCUGGUCUACUCAUCUUGCCCGCUGCGCCCCUGGUCGUCUUCUACCUACCGAGGAACCUACCAUCAUCGCAUGGUAGUUGUCCGGCAUUCUUGCAACAUGCCCUGCCCAGCGUAUCCGUCCAGCUUUAGCCACCUUCUGAAUACUGGGUUCACCGUAGAGUUGCGCGAGCUCAUGGUUCAUUCUUCGCCUUCAUAUUCCGUUCUCCUGCACUCCGCCAAAGAUCGUCUCCGAGCACUCGCAGGUCCUCCUCGAGCAUUGUCCACGUUUCAUGCCCGUAGAGAACAACCGGUCUUAUGAGCGUUUUGUACAGGUUACACUUCGUACGGGGGCUCAGUCUGUUCGACCGCAAUUGCUUGUGGAGCUCAUAGUAGGCAUGACUUUCGCUGAUACGCCUCCGGAUCUCUCGGCUGGUAUCAUUGUCCUCAGUAACCAGUGAGCCAAGAUAGACAAACUCAUCGACUAUCUCGAACUCAUCGCCGUCGAUCGUAAUGCUACUGCCUAGGCGUUGUCGGUUGGCUUCGGUUCCGCCGGCUAGCAUAUACUUCGUUCUAGACGUAUUUAUCUGCAACCCAAUUCUCGCUGCUUCCCGUUUUAGUCUGGUCUACUGUUUUGCCACCGCCGCAGUUGUUCUGCCGACAAUGUCCAUAUCAUCAGCAAAGCAAAUGGAUUGACUGGAUUUGUUGAAAAUCGUACCCCGCGUGUUGAUGUCCGCUCGAUUCAUUACACCCUGUAGCGCAACGUUGAAUAACAGGCAGGAGAGACCAUGACCCUGUCGAAGCCCCCUGCGGGAUUUAAAUGAACCCGACAAUCCACCCGAAAUCCGCACACAGCACUGCGUCCCAUCCACCGUAGCCUUUAUCAGUCUAAUCAGCUUCCCCAGAAAGCCGUUAUCGUCCAUGACCUUCCAUAGCUCUUUUCGGUUGAUAGUGUCAUACGCGGCUUUGAAGUCGGUGGUGCAUGGGGGUUCUGUAUUCACGGCAUUUCUGGAGGAUCUGCCGUAUGGUAAAGAUUUGGUCCGUCGUAGACCGUCCUUGCAUGAAGCCGGCCUGAUAACUUCCCACAAAUCUGUUGGCUUGGGGAAGGCAGCGGAAAAUUAUUUGGGAAAGCACUUUGUAGGCGGGAUUUAGGACGGUGAUCGCACAAUAGUUUCCACAGUCCAAUUUGUUGCCAUUUUAGAGAUAGGGCAGAUAAACUCAUCCUUCCACUCCUCCGGUAGCUGUUUUGUAUCCCAAAUUCUUGCAAUCAGCCGGUGCAAACAGGUGGCCAGCUUCUCCGGGCCCAUUCUAAUAAGCUCCGCUCCGAGGCCAUCCUUCCCAGCCAAUUUAUUGUUUUUCAGCUGCUUGAUAGCAUCCUUAACAUCGCAUAUCGUUGGGGCUGGCACGUCUUCUACAUUUGUCGCACCGGCACCGGGUCCAGUUUCUGGUAGAACUUUCGCGUUUCCUGAGAAUGAUGCAGCUGUUCCAGCUCUCCUCUUCUCCAGGCGGCGCUUCUUCUCUCGGAAAAUUUGGGUUCGCUGCAUCUUCUUCUGCCGAUGUCUUUACACAUUCUGAUGAGUGGCACUGCGCAUCUUAGCCGCCCGCGCAGCAUUCUCCUCAUCCAUCACCCUCCUACAUUCGUCGUAGAACCACUCCUUCCGUUGAGUUCGUCCCACAUGCCCGAUGACCUUCUCCGCUACGCUGUUGAUGGCUGUUUUAAUUGUGUUCCAACAGUCCACGAGAGGACCUUCCUCCAGCUGGUCCUCUUCCGGCAGCGCAGCUUCGAGCGAAUGCGCGUAGUUUUCGGCAACGUUAGGUUGCUUCAGUCGCGCGAAAUCUAACCGGAGCGGGCGCUGGUACCGGCCAUCUCGUUGGUCCACUGGUGCGUGCUGAACCCUCCAAUCACCGGUUUGUAUUCCUCCUCGUGGCCGACCUGAGCGUUGAAAUCCCCGAUGACGAUCUUGAUAUCAUGCUUUGGGCAGUCGUCUUACUCACGCUCUAACUGCGCGUAAAAUUCAUCCUUGUCGUCUUCGGUACUUUCGAGGUGAGGGGGGCUGUGCCCGUUUAUGAUGCUUAUAUUGAAGAACCGGCCUUUGAUUUUCAACUUGCACAUUCAAGGGCUGAUUGGCCACCACCCAGUCACCCGUUUCCGCAUCUCGCCCAUCAUUGUUAAAGCUGUCCCCUGCUCAUGACCAUCCCGGAACGUACGUACCGUUGAGCCUUUCCAGCAUACCUCCAGCAGCGCUACGACGUCGAACCUGCGGGAUUUUAAUACUUCGGAGAGCACUCAAGUCCUCCCUUGGAAAUUGAGAAAUCGGCAGUUUCUCGUCCCGAGUUACCAGUUACGAGUUAGUCCCUUUUCGUCGCAUGGGUCUGUGCCGAUUGUUCCAGUCCGAAUUUCUCGCCCCCUGUCUCGCCGGAGGACCAUCGUGCACAACACUGUUUAGAGUCCCACUUUGGUACGAGGACGGUAAUCGGCCGACCCUAAUCUGGAGUACAGACGCCGUUUUGAGCCGCUCUUAACAUGGAGGACAGACACUCGGAAAUUCAAAAGAGCCCUCUUUCCCUGUCAGCAUACGACCAAGUUCCCACCGGGCUAGGUUACCCUAUCUUCCUUGGUUGCUCGUAUCCCAGCUGGCACUGCGUGGAGGUUGUGAUAGGAGUGGCUGGAUAAGAGGCUAAGGACCACGUGUGGGGUCUGUUUUUUUUUUCUUGAAGGUGCACUUGGCACCGAUGGUACGCAUUAUCCAGCCGUUUACCAGCCAUUUUAUUAUUUUGAAUAUGAAAACUAUUUAAGUUUCAAGGGUCUGUGGUAAUACGGUUCAAUAGAAUAUUUGUUAAAAAAUAGUUACUUUUUAACAAAUAAUUUUCGUAAGUUCUUUGAUGAUAUUCGGCAACAACAUUGAAUAGUGGUUUGGAAACAACUCCUUGCAAGCGAUUUGUGCAUCGAAUCCGACUCGCAUUCUCGCUAAUACAUGGAGAGUAUGUCUUAUCUUAUCGUGCUAGCGAGUAGUUUUUAUCGAGCCGUGUUCGUGAGCACUCGUGCAAAGAGCAGCAUGUGCGAAUACGAAUAUGCGAGCGCACCCGAUGGCUGACUGGUUAGCACACGUUCUCUAAGCAACGAUGUCGUGCGGGCGAAGAUGCAUGGUAGGGAUCGGUAUGGGAAUACUCAUGCAUGUGUGGCAGUUUAAACGAAAGCUCGCAUGUGAAUAGAACAGACUAAAAAGUGCGAGCUUAACAACACUGACUUCGACUUCCUCUUGACGAUAAUGAGUCCCUGUAAUAAUAAAACUCCAGAGGAACAUUAAGCUGAAACUUGUCCUAGGCAAUUAUAAGAGGUGAUAAUUUCGGCAGGAGGCAACAAGACUCGGAGCACUAAGAGAGGUGAAAAGUAUACACACUAGCACAGAUAAUUUUAUAAGUAUGUCACUGUUAAAAAUAGAAGUACGGAAUACAGCAAACAGAAAAAAAUCAAUGUUCAUGAUCGCACUGACGCACAGACUGACAAUAAUUGACAGUUUUGACAGAAGGAGAAAAUAAGAACGCGUUGUAGUAAAUCUUCUAAUCGCAGGCUGCAGUAAAUCUGGGUUGGCAUUGAAAUUAAACUUACAUUUACGAAGAUUGAAUGAAGGAAAGUCAUUUUGAAGCAGUUGUUUCCCGGUAGAGAUGCUAGGGACGUCAUCAACCUUCGAUGCAAAGACUCGUUAAUCAAAUUGGGAUCGUAAAAUCGUUAGGAUAAGCUAACCAAUAAAGUUCGGUAGUCGCGUCGUUAUAAAAUAAAAUAACAGCAGCAGUCUCACAUUCUUGCCUUAAAAUACUUCAGAUUGUAGGGAGAAAGGGAACAAUAACUGUGGACCAACUUAUCUCGUAAAACUUCAUAAAACUGAUGCGUUUCUAUCAUCGACAGAGAUUUUGAUAUUGUGCUUCGGACACUUUUUCUAAUUCAUUUACAGACUUUCACGUGAACGAUGUGGUAUUUGAGAAAAUAGUUCCGGGAUGCUAUGGCGCAAAACUAAGCUGAUAGGAUACACCAUUUCAUAUCUAAGCGCUUGUUCUGAGUCAAACUCUGUCCGACGAUAUUUUGAGAAUAAUCAAACGUCAACAUUAUCUUCACUGUAAAGGAAAUCAAAAUAAGGUCACAAACGUAUUUCCAUAGAUUAUUCUCGACCGGAUCAACAGCUUCAGAGAUUUCCGUUGAACUCUUUGACUACAAGUUAUUUUUAGCCUCGCAAAUAGGAAGAUCAACCGGAACGCCAAAAGACACACAAGCAACUUUAAUAGUACAAUUAGGAAUCUGUUUAGUUAAGUACUUGGGACUAAUUUAUGAUAAAAAACUUAUUUUCAAAGAGCACAUUGAGAGUAUACAAGCCAAGUGCAUCAAAUAUACGAGAAGUUUAUAUCCUCUCAUUAACAGGAAUUCUAAACUUUGUUUAAAGAACAAACUUUUGAUUUACAAACAAAUUUUUAGACCAGCAAUGCUUUAUGCUGUACCGAUCUGGUCAAGUUGCUGUUCUACAAGGAAGAAAACGCUCCAAAGGAUUCAGAAUAAAAUUCUGAAAAUGAUUUUGAAGCGUCCUCCUUGGUUUGGUACACUCGAAAUACAUAGACUUACUGGUGUUGAACCAUUAGAAGCUAAGUCAAAUAAAAUUAUUAACAAUUUUCGACAAAAAUCGUUGCAAUCCUCAAUUGCUACGAUAAGCUCUCUUUAUAGCCAAUAAGUUAGCAAUUAAGUUAGUUGUAAGUUUACUUCCCCUUUUCUGACAAGUAGGUUUAAAUCCCUACGAAUGAUAAGUCCUAAUUGCGAAAGCAAACAAAUCCUAACAAUUAAAAUUACAAAUUUCUAACAGUGUUGAGAAGUCACCAUUUGUGAGUGGACACACAUACUCAUUAUUUACUUAUAUUUAUCAUAAAUACUUAAGCUACUAACAAAUCCCCCCUAAAAAAAAAAAAAUCUGUUUACCUCAACUGACCUGAUUAUGCAAGCAAGUUUGUUUGCCCGAAAUGAACAGAAACCUCAAGAACUAUGCCUUUUUCCUUCCUCAUGAGUGAUUCGUCCAUCGGUUGAUGUGUUUGUGCACUCCGUUAUGUUUCCAAAGCGGCCCCAAAAACAACCGCUUCGGUCGGUGCAACACAAAACAACAGCUAGGAUCCCAGCUAAUAUACAAAGUGCGCUUACAUCACUAACUCUUUGGCUAGAGAUACGUUUCGAGCAGUCACGAAUCACGAUACUAGACGAGAAAUGUUCACGUAUGUGCUGCUAAUGUCGAUCCGGUGUUGAUAGCUAGGUUGUAGCCACUCAACAACAGAAAUGGAAGAGGAAACCACCGCUAUUGGAAUUUAACAUCCGACUGGUGGAACACACUGAAAAUAAAUGUUGUUCUGCUGAAAAAUAUUUCCGCCUCCGUCAGUUGCACAGUAUUUUUAUCACUAAAAAGUUAUGAUUCAAUUCAACAGUCAUCUGACGAAUCUGUUGGCAAAAUAAAUUCCAAGCAGUUUGUUUCCCAGUGUGCAUCACCAGGCUCCGGGUUUCACUGGCUCCGAGGGGGAUUACUAGAGUGUGCUUGCUGUGCAAACAGGGUGGAAAGUAAUAAUUUUCUCUAUUGGACUCAAAUGGAAUGGAAAUUCUCGAGUGCGCAGGAAAAAUGCUUUCGAUUUUUUUCCGAUGCUAUUUAACCGCAGAUUUGAGUUCACUGCCAUCACUUUCGUUACCACCGCGUCGUCAUCAUCAUCAUCAUCGUCGUCGUCGUCGUCGUCGAACGGAACCGAUACCGUGUGGACUAAUGUUGAUUGUCCGAAAGCGUGGGGUGAAGCAUUCCUGGAAGAGGCAAGUGAAUGCUAAAACUCAUUUCAUGCCCAACCGGCUAUUGAAGUUGGUCGUUAUUGGCGGAAUUUGGAGCCUGCUAGUUUAGCGGCGACUCGUGCGACUUUUUAGAUGUUGUGCUCUGCGAGGGGUUUUGGUGAUAUGAUUGAUUCUUCUUUUCUCGAUUUCGCGUUGUAUGUUCAUAUAUAAAUUUGUCUCUCUAUUCAUAGGUCACAGAAUACGAUUCAUAUUAUUGAAUUUACUCUUAUAUUCAAGCUAUUAAACUACUUUAUUGCAAGUGUUUAGUUUCGAACUUAAUUUGAGCUGCUCGAGCUCAGUUAAUUUGAUGUGAUUUAGUAAUACUGGGGAGUAUAUGUUUAUAGGAGGGAAAAAUAUUGAUGAUGAUUUUUGUUUUUUAAUUUUCUUUAUACAAUUCUAGAAUCGAAUUACACCUCUGCUACCUGAUCAGUCUCUCGCUCUCUAAACCCCAUCUUCCCUUUAAAUCCUCACCCGCACAGGAAUCGUCAACUGCACGAUCUGAGAUCACUAAAAAUCAAACGCUAAAUAAAUGUGCGAAAAAUGCAAAAUUCAGAGUGAUUAUAAUUAACCUAACUAAAAAUCGUAAGCAUAAGUAAGCAAGCAAAAGAGGUUGUUUUAAUUAGUGCAAAACUGGAAUAACAAAGCGAUAAAUGUACAUUCAAUGUGUGUGUAGAUAUCAAAUCAUUAUGAGCUAACAAAAAAAAAACGAUUACAAUUUCACCACGUGGGUGUAACAAACACACGGCUACAGUUAGCGAGAAGACAAAAAGAAAUCAAAUCAAAUUGUUUACUACAUCUACAAUCAAUCUGUGACAAAUAACGAUAGCUUAAAAAAUUCCUUUCCAUGAAUGAAAUAAAUUGGUUACGAAAAAUAGACAAUCGCUUGGAAGUGUAGCUUUUUGAUUCCGUUCGGGGUUUCAUUUACUUUCCGUUUUCCUCUUUGCGCUGAACUAGGUUAUCCUUGACGGAACAAUGAAUAAAAAAAACCUGACAACAAAAGUAACAAGAGUAGAUUGAAUCUAAACUCAAGCAAACUGAUCACGUCGAAUAUAUAAUACACAUACAAAAUACGUAGUGACAGGCAGAUCAACGAGCUGUACAAACUGAAUAAGUAACAGAUUGAGGAAAUCAUGGAAGACACUGAAGCCCAUAACCCAAGGAAAAAUAUAUAGCAAAAUAUAAUGGUCAGUUAAUCAGUCUCAGCAAACGAACCUAUCAUUAAAACAAGUUGAAGAACUAUAUUGAAAUCACAAACGAAUUGACGUGUAGGAAUGUAAGCGCAAAUUACCUUUUUUAUAAGACAAGAAAAAGUGUAGCAUUAAGUAGUAUAGAAAUAACGAACAAACAUCUUAUAUACACAUCCAUUUUCAAAUUCACGCGUUUUUUACGUAAACAAGUUAUCUUUUGUAAGAAAAUAAUGCCAAAAACAUUAAAAAAAUGUGACACUCCGCUAGGUGAUAAACGAUGUGUAGUUAUUAACGAAUAAAUUUAUGGAACUAAAAUUUCACUUUACACCCAGACAUUAAGCAACAUUAAUGCAUCGUGCAACCAUGAGUGUAUAUUCACAUUUCUCACACGACACACUGGCCGAGAAUGAGAGCAGCAACGGGUGAUAAUGAUGAUGAAGAUGAUCAACCGUAGUGUAGAGUUCCAACGCAACUGCUGGAAAACUUCCAUUAGAAAUUACUAAACUGCAGUUUAGUCCUGUCAUUCUACCGUGCUGACUCGCAUUUCGGUCGCUGGCGUCAUUUCUCAUCAUUCAUUAGUAGUAUCACGUAAGGAAAAAAAAAAUUUAUUUUCAUUGUAUUUAUUUUUUAUGAACACGCAUUUCGUACAACUUUUCAAUUAAAUUGAUCAAAUGAAAUUAAUUGAAAAUGGAAACAAAACAUAAACCAGAGCUGUGAAUCUUAAUCGAUGAUGUUGCGGUUUUACGAACCACCCUAUCAAGUCGCUGAAGCUGGGGUUUCGUUUGCUCGCGUGGUCAACAUUGUCCAGCUCGAAGCCGGCCGGGCAAGAGCAGUCCGAAAUUUCUAUUUUAGUAAAACUUUACCACACGCUUUUAUAGCAAAUCACCAAGGCUGACAUGAGAAAGAGUAGAUAAAUAAACAAAAAAAAGCAUCUCAGCAUCGUUCUUGCACACGCGGAGCCACCCGGUGCUGGCCGAGCGACAUUCGGCAACCCUGGUCAAUGCUUCCUAGGGUUAACAAGACAUCACAUUGGAUUCUUGAACAUAGUAAAGUUGUAAAUAUAUUUUUUAAAACGAAAGUAAAUAAAUUUUUAUAAUUGUUUUCGAUAAUAAUUUAUAGUAAGGUUUAGGAUAUGAUAGUGUAAAAAUAUGGUUAAUUAUUUAUAAACAAAAUGUAAGUAACGGUUUUUAUCAAAAGAAAAAAUAAACUACCAAAAAUUAAACAUAAACUAAUGGAACGUCUAUACUAAAACCAACCUAUACCUACGGCAAAAAGGAAAUUGAAAACAACUCCGACGUCUGCAGAAAUAAGUUAAACUAAUACUACAAUGAUAUUAAAUUUAUAGAUAAAAGAGGAAUAAAAGUAACGCAUAACUAACAGACAAAAAAAAAACGGAAUCUUAAUCAUAACAGCAUAAGUAUUGUGAUCAUUGAUUAACUUAAUGUUACUGUCACAUAUUAAAAAGAAAACAAAUCACUGGAAAACACCAUACUACAAAACCAAAUCGCUAACUUGAAAUAUCACAAUGAGACAACAGUAAUGGAUGGUACCGAGAAUAAAAAAAAAGUUGUGCAUAUUCUCACACAAACACACAGACACACACUUGUCCCCAAAAGCCCAUUCUAUCAGUCUAACAAAGGUGAGACUACAACUGUGUAACGGCAACUAUAUGCAACAGCACGCAACGCGAAUAAAACUAUAAAUUUAGAACAUUGGAUUGAUGCAAAACCAAAAAAAAACUGCCGAUAGAGCAGUCGAAUUCUGAGCAAAAACGAAGAUAAAAUAGAAACAGGAAGUAAACACACGAGUGAAACUACACACAGCACGAACCGGUCGAGGGUAGUAGACGGAGUAAAGAGAAAACAAACGCGUCGAGUGACGUAAUUGAAAAGGACAACAUUAGAUUGUAUAUUAUAGAAAUUUAUUAAUAUAUACAUAUAUAAAUAAAUGUUACGCGUUAUUAAUAAAUUAUAAAAAAAGCUU